CACAAUUAGUUUUCAUUUUUCAAGACGUUUUACAAUAAAACUUGUGCCUUUUGGUGUGGUAAGAAGUGAAUCAAUUUUAUUUACAUAGUGUUAUCAACUUAUUGUCAUAUUUUGAAAACAUGGAGCAGCAGAUUCAUGAAAGAUUUUUUGCAACUUUAUAAUAAAAUAACAGAACUGUGCUUCUCACAUUGUGCAGAUAAUUUCUACAGCAGAACUAUUUCAGUUGAUGAGGUAUCUAUCUAUAUGUUCAAACAGAAAUCACUCAGCGUCGUGUGCAGGAGCUCGAAUCAUUAACAAGAGAACAGCAGUCCAAAAUAUCAGCAGUAUUAGGACCAAAUGAAAAUCAAAUUGAUAAUAAAGAAUCCGUUUCAAACGAAAUUACACCAAAUAAAAUAAACACUGUAGGAAGUAAUUUAGAUAGUGAAAAUUCAAAUCCUUUACAUUCUGCUCAUUAAAAACACGAACAUCCAAAAAAUAUGUCAAACAUUUUUGUCGUUGUUUUAGUUGGAUUGCCAGGUGCAGGAAAAACCACAUUUUGCCGUGAAGUAUUCAAUUCCGAGUUUGUAACUCGGGCAUAUAACGUUAUUCAUGUGUGUUUUGACAAUUAUAUUAAGGUAGAUAAGGACUUAAAAUCCUAUACAAGAAAGGGAUUAAUUAGCGAAAUUAGAAAGUUAAUAGAGUCAAUCAAAGCACACAAUUUUAAUCAAGCAAUUUUGUUUAAAUCUUCUAAUUUAUAUAGAAAUAAUGAUAAACAUUUAAUUUUAAUAGAUGAUAAUAAUUAUUACAAAGGAAUGCGUUAUGAAUUUUACAGAAUUUGCAAAAGUACAAGUACAGUAUUUGUGCAGAUAUAUUUUGCAAUUCCAUUGUCUAUAGUUUUAAAAAGAAAUCAGACAAGAAAGGAUGGUUAUAUACCUGAAAAUACAAUAAAUAAUAUGAACAAAAAAUUUGAAGCACCGUCUAAAAAAUCUAAUUGGGAAAAAUGUACAUUAAUUGUCACCCAAGAAGGUUUUGAAAUAGAGAAUAUUAUAUCAUAUAUAGAAAAAUGUCCAUAUGUAAAAUCUGUUGAAGUAAAGCAAAGAACAGCGAUUAAUCAAAAUAAAAUUCACGAAACAGAUAUAAUUUUACGAAAGCAUAUCAAAUACUUGAUAACAAAUAACAGGGAAAAUAAAUGUCGAAAUAUUGAAAUUCUGGCAGAAAAACUAAAUUUAAAGCGUAAAAAUAUUUUGGAAGAGCUUCGUGGUGGUGAGUUGGAUUUAGAUGAUAAUAAAUUAAUCGAUAUUUUAAAAUUUAAUUUGCAAGAUUUUAUAUAAAAACAUAAAAAUAGAGCAGGAGGAUGAAUACGUACUUGCAUCAUCAUAAGAUCUAUUGCCUAUUAGAUGACUGAAAUAACAAAAUUAAACAACUUUAAUUAGAAAUCACACCCAAUUUUAGUUUGUAUAGCCGGUUUUUAUUAAAAAUAAUGU